UGAAAAUCCACGUCCUCAUUCUGGCAGAUCGCCUAUAGGGCUCCCAAAUCACAUGCCAUCCACGCUUUAGUCAUCCCGCCGCCGGAGCCGGAGCUCAUAGAGGAUUCUCGUCCGAUCCGUCACAACAUCUUGUUUUGUCUCUUUCCUUGAGCACACGACACCACUCUGAUUCUUCAGAUCAUCAGUCAAAAUGGGAGGCAAGAAAAACGUUGGCGAGAAUUCCAAGAAAGCCGCUGGUCAGGCCCGUAAAGCCGAUGCUGCCGCAAGCAAGAAGGCAGCCGAGGAUUCCAAGCGAGCAGCUGAAGAGGAAAAGCAGUGGCAGAAGGGAGCCAAGGGGGGUAACUCCAAGAAAGAAGAUGCCGAAGCUAAGAAGGCCGAAGCAGCUCGCAAGAAGGCCGAACGCGACGCCCAACUCGCCGCCGAAGAAGCAUCUCAGCCCUCCAAGGGCGGCAAAGGCGGUAAACAAGCAGCCCCCAAGAAGUCCCGCGGCCUCGACCUCGGCCAGCUCGACGACUCCCCCGCUGACCGCAAGACAAGCGCCCUCAAUGCCACUGGUAUCGACAACGCGCUGGACGCCUUGUCGCUCACGAACAAGGAUUCCUCCAAGAUCGAUCGGCAUCCGGAGCGGCGGUUCAAGGCUGCGUAUACUGCGUAUGAAGCGCGUCGCAUGCCCGAGGUUGAGGAGGAGCACCCGGGUCUUAGGAGACAGCAGCGCAUUGAUCUCAUUAGGAAGGAGUUUGACAAGAGUGAUGAGAAUCCAUUUAACCAGGUGCAUGUGGCGUUUGAUUCUACGAGGGAUGAAAUUGCUCAUGUGCGGGAUGCAGAGAGGAAGAAGAUGGAGACGAGAUUGGCGAAAUAAGCUGUCUCUAAUGAUCGUUGGGUUUAUUAUGAGUCUUGUUUCUGGCAUUCGUUGUCAGGGUUUGGUGACGCCGCGAUUGUUAUACCCGGAACUACAUGCUCCUAGAUCGGGAGGUGCGUCCCCAUAAACAAAGGGUCGAUGGUGGUAUGAGGGAUAAAUACCGCAUCAUGAAUUAUGUGACAGUAUAGACUUGACAGAUGUCAAAUGGAUACCUUCUGAAUGACAUAGUAUUAAAAACUGUAUUGAAAAACUGGUAUACAAAGACAAACAUUCAAUGCCUAAUAAAAUAUAUGGUAUCUCAUGGCAAUCUA